GCUACAAAGUGUUGGACAGAAAGAAACAGGCAGACAGAGAAAAAGAGAGAAGGCCGAAGAACAGACAAUAAACAGUACUAGGUAUGCAACAAUGAAAAAAGCGAGAGAAACUGAAGAGAGAGAUGAAGGGCGGAGAGGGUCACAGUGAUACUUAGAGUUGACCACAGAACCUGUGAACUGCUGCUGCCACUGCUUCCGUGACGACACUUCGCACAGUUCCUCUACUCAACUACAGACCUACAAGAGACACACAGAGAGAAAGUGAAAUAUGGACUCCUUUCAGAAGCCCAACGAUCUCCUCAAUCUCUGACAUGACAGAGGAAGCUGCUGUGUCACACAUCAUGCCAUGGACGCCCAAGCCCACAUUCUGAGGGACCUAUUGGUCAAAAUCGCAAGCAAGGAAGCAGAAGAGGAAGGGGCAGAGAACGGCUUUGCUGGAGAGUUUUUGAAACUGAAGAGACAGUCUACUAAAUAUCGUGUGGAGAAGACAUAUCCUAUCACAGUCGCGGACAAACAAGACAAUGUGAAGAAGAACAGAUACAAAGACAUUGUUCCCUUUGAUCACAGCAGAGUGAAGCUCUCCCUCAUCACAUCCAAACAUGACACAGAUUACAUCAAUGCUAGUUUCAUUAAGGGAGUGUUGGGCUCUAGGGCGUAUAUUGCCACACAAGGCCCACUGCCAAACACUGUGCUUGACUUCUGGAGGAUGCUUUGGGAAUACAAUGUGCAGGUUAUUGUGAUGGCUUGCCGGGAGUUUGAAAUGGGAAGGAAAAAAUGUGAGCGUUACUGGCCGGAGUCAAAGGAUGAUGUGUUUGUGUGUGAGCCCUUUACCAUAUACUAUGAGUCUGAUGAGAAUAAGGGAGAAUAUUUGACACGGACACUGAAGGUGACAUUUAAACAAGUGUCUCGGACACUGAAACAGCUGCACUAUGUGAACUGGCCAGAUCACGGAGUACCCGACUCCAUUCCUGCCAUCCUGGAGCUGCUGCAGGACAUGCGGAUUUACCAGGAUCAUGACGAAAUUCCCAUCUGUAUUCACUGCAGUGCCGGCUGUGGAAGAACAGGUGCAUUGUGUGCCAUUGACUAUACCUGGAAUCUACUGAAGAGACAAAUGAUACCAGAGAAUUUCAGUAUCUUUGAACUGGUAAUGGACAUGCGUAGACAGAGGCCCUCUGUGGUUCAGACUAAGGAACAAUAUGAACUAGUAUACAGGACCAUCAAAUUGCUGUUUGAGAGAUAUCUGGCAGCAAUGGAUGAACCAAACAGAGAGGUCCCAGCUUCCACCUCUCCUGUCACCUUAAGUAGUGGGAGUGAGCUCUCAGAUUUCAGCGACUUCGAAUCAGAGACUGGGACAGACUUCAGAGCGUUGCUUCAAACUGAGCACAGGAAUGAGAUGGAAAUUCCAAUGGAUGAACUCAAUCAUGUCACAGACAAAGUCACUUCUUGGCCACAGCCUCAUUCACAACCAUUCAGUCAGGAGGUCUUCUACACAAAACUCAAUCCUGAAGACAUGCUCAAUACAACGAGUGAAUGGGCCCAGAUUAAAGAUCAGAGGUUAUUAAUAGCACCCACUCCUCAAACAGACUUUACAACCCGUGGAUCUCAAAGAACUGAGCCAUCCACCAGCUUCAACACUGAUCUCACCCAAGCUGCAUGUUCAAACUAUCCCAUCAGCCUAGUACAGGAGCUGAGACCGAGUAUGAAGCAUCUGGAGCGUGCAGAAAACCAAGAUGUCAGACCUGCUGCCAAAGACCACAACCCUAUUAUCCCCAGCACAGUCUGCUUCACUGUGGAAGAUCCUUAUUUUGGUCCUGAGUCUCCACCGGGUAGCGACAAUCACAGUGUUAUGGACACUAUGACUCGUGAACCAUGGAUGGAGAACCCUUGUUUCACAAUACCUAGUUUAGCUCUUAAUAAUCAGGUGUUAGAACUGCCAAAACAUGACUGCAAAGACAAAGGUGCAAAUACACCUUCAUCUGAUGAAGACACCCCUCCUCCUUUGCCAGAGCGAACCCCUGAGUCAUAUAUACUGGCAGAUGAAAUUAAUGAUAUCAGUGAAAACACCGAAAUGUUGACACUGAUGAUCCCAACCAGCUCAGACUCUGAGAGCAUCAACAGAGACAGCUCGCCCUCACCUGUGCCCCCACUGCCUGAGAGAACUCCAGAGUCUUUUGAAAUGGCCACGGAUGAGGAUCUGGUACAAAAUGUGACACAGGAAAAGCCACAGGAUGUCAUAAUGAGAGUUGGGAAAUCUCUAGAAUGGUCUGGGCAAACUAAUGAAGCUCAGACAGACUUUAAACGAUCUUGGUCCAGGAGCAAGAGCUUAAAAUUUAGAAUGUCACUUCCUGCAUCAUCUGCUCCACUCAGUCUUUUUCCAAUCACAAGUCACAGUCCUCAUCCCCUAUUGUACAAACAACCUCAGGAAUCUCUACUACACACCCCAACACCACAUGAGCAGACAUUCAACUCAGUUCCAGGGACAGAAAGUGUAACUCCACCACUUCCUGAUAGAACUCCAGAAUCGUUCCUUUUUCAGACGGCGAAAGUGGCCGAGAACAGCGCCCUCUGUCAGCCAGCUGAGGCAGAGCAUCAGAGACUGAGAGUGGGCACAUCAUCUGAAUGGUCAGGCAGCUCCCAGCCCAGAUCAUUCCUGGAUCAUUCUUGGGCCCGAAGCAAGAGCGUCAGAGCAAAAAGUUCAAAACAAGAGUCUCUAUCUGUGGCUCCGCUGACUCUGCCUGUCUCUGUAACCAUAGCAGCUGGAGGCCAAGUAGAGCACCAGACGGCACCCAGCAGCCAGCCGGCAGCAACAGGACCAACAGGGAACCAGUCGGACAGAGGGAGAGAGAAAACUUCACUGGUCAGCAAGGCCAGGACCAAGAGUAUUAAGUUUUUGAAAGGAAAACAGAGGUCAAAAAUGGCCCCGCCUCCGAUCCCGCCCCCAGGCCCACCUUCUGCCCCGCCUCAGUCUGCUCCACCAUCCUAUGGUGCUGCUGUUGGAUUCCUAUUUUCUUUUGGAUCUCGUUUUGGAAAGCCGAAAGGCCCACGAAAUAAGCCAGGAACAUGGGUCUAGUUCAUGUUGAAGGUGAAGAAAAGGAAAACAGCUUCACAAAACAGUUCAAAAGAGGAUUAACUGAGCAAAGUUUGCUUUCAGCUGACAGACAAGCACUGUGGUUUUUGAGGGAAAGAAGCCCAACUACGGACCUCACACAAUAGACGGACAUUUAUAAAGACUGUGCUUUUGUUAAUGGCUUUUACAUCUUAUGAAGGUAUAAUGCAGGAGAAUGGCCUUUUUAGAAAUUAAAUAUUGAAGCAUGUUGCAUUUUUAUGCAACUAAAAUGUAUAUACAAUUAUUACAAAUGUGCAACUAAAGAUAAUAAAAUGCAUGAAUGUUCUGAAAAGUAGACACGUUUGUAAUCUCAUAGGUAAGAUUUUUAUGGAUUUUAUAAUAUAUACAGACGCAGAUAACCAUGGCCAAUCAAGCCUUUCUAUGUCACACAAUGUUGGACUUAGUAACAGUGCAUUUGGUGCCAUGUCUGUCUGAAAGGGACGAAAAUGACAGAAGAUUGUGAAUAUUUAUUGUAAAGUUUAUGGUUUGUGACAGUAUUUAAAAAAAAAAUUUCUCAUUUGCAUAUUUUCAAUUUCUGAUGCAGUGAAUGAUCCCCUUUAAGAAACGCUUCACCUUAGUACACUCAUAAAAUGGUUUAUUUAAAAAAAUACAGAAAAAUGUCUAUGCAUUCCAUUGCAUUUUUACACAAUUGAAAAGAUCCACCACAGUUCUAUUAAAUGUAACUUAGCAUUUACAAAACAUUACUUUGACUAUGUUCAUAAUUGACCAUCUAAUUAGUCCUUAAAAAAUCAAUGAAAUUGAAAACCUUUAUACAAAUAUCAAACAGAGAAAAUAAUGAAUCAAACACAGAGCAUGCCUUGAUCCCUAAAGUUUAAGUAUUUUUCCUAUAUUACAAACGACCAUCAAAACCUGAUCAACACAAAAAAAAGAAACUAGCUGCCAAAAUUCAGAAGAAACAUAGAACGCUAAACAUCAUGUUUAUUUUAAUAUAACAUGUAACCUUAAGAUAUAAAAGCAUUGUGUGUUGCUGAGCGGAAAACAUCUGAAACCGUAUAUAGGAAGAUUCAUCUUAAUGGAUUGGUGUUAAAGACACCAAUAAAGGCAUCUUAAAAGAAAUGUAUUUGGGUGAAAGGAUCUUUUCUUUCAUUAAGCAAAACCACUAAUCUGCAGAAUCUGUAACUGAGGAAAUGCCACUGAAUAGUGGCGAAAACAGGCUUUCACACCUGCCUAUAUAAUCGUAAUUAAAAAAAAAACUGUGGGAAAUAUAAGAUUUGAUCCAUAUUGCACAUGGUUUUCAAUUCACUAGAAGUCAUUUACUACCAAUUUUUCUUUUAUUUUGUUUGCAUUCGCUACCUUUGAUGGGCAAUAAAAUGAUCACCUUCAGUUGCUUUUGGAUUAGCAGAAUUUGUAUCCCAGAGUAAGCAUGAUUUUUUACGAUAAUAAAUACCCAAUCAUUAAUUAUUGCCAGACGUUACGAAAUUCCAUCACAAUUAAUGCUUUGUACAACUUGAAUAACAUCAAUUAGCUUAAUAGCAGACAAUUAAAGACUUAAUAAAAGGCACUCAUUUAUAGAAGGAUGAAUUUGAUUAGGGAAAGCCAUUAGAUAAUUUUGUUGAAACCAUAAUCAAUGUAGACUGAUUGCUGGUGUGAAAUUACAUUCAAAGCAGUCAUUAGCAAUACUUGGCGUCAAAAGAGAAGCACAACUACUGCCCAUAACCCUUUCAAAAACACUGAAUGCCUGCUUUAAGACUUAAUCCCAUUCAAAAGAAACACAUCGACAUGUGCAAAAACAUUACUGACACGCAACUACACUCAGCAAGUGAAAGCUAAAUUGCACUCAUCCAACUAUCUGGGAGAGCACAGUCACCCCAGAAUGCUUAUCAUAAAGACUAUAGACAACUUUAGUUCAAACACAUAGGAAACAAGUGUUAUGCAAGAGCACUGGACAUACGCCUUCUGCUACUACUUUCAUAAAAUAAUAUCAGAUGCUUUCUUGAAAGAGAAAAAAAAAAUUGGGUUUGACUUGGGUAGCAAAUUAUGGGAAGAGCAACAUAACAGUUUUCUUGUACAAGAAACAUGCAGUUUAUUCAUGUAUAUUACGUUAAUAAAUUUUUGCACUGACUGAUUUUCAGGGGGAAAAAAAAUCUAAAUCAACAAAUGCUUAAAAUGGCCAAAGCAACAAGAUUUUAGUCAUUUGGGACAUUUAAAAAAAAAAAGUGGUGACAAUGUCCAUGACAGACAAAAACAGAAGUUUAGAGCAUAAUGAACAAAAUUAAAGUAUGAUUUAAAAAGAGCUUUCCGUUGUGACUAAAACUACCCUGAUAGUAUGAGCAGAAUUGUGUAAAAAUUAUGAAGAGAACCUUGUUUAGAUGAUACAUUUGAAUCAAGAGACGGUUUCCUUUACAUGAAGCUCAUACAAACACAUGUCAGAAUUAUAGGUUCAAUCAAAACCCAAUAAUCUGAAAGUAUGGAUUAGACUGCUAUAAAACUUUAAAGUAAAGUAGAAGGAGUAAAAGACUUUACAAAAUGAAAAGGCAUCAGUAUGUUGCUCCUGAGUGUAGGUUUGGUUAUUUCCAUUUCCAUCCAGUUUUCUGCUAAUGUCCGGACUUAGAUGGAAUAUGUCUUCCUAGUCCAAACUAAAAACAUAAAAAAGCACAACGGCUUCUGCAUACAACACAGACAGAAAACAAACAUGACGAAUUAAUUCAUGACCAUGAUCUUAAAAGACUGACUAUUCUGGACAAAAAUAAAUAAUUAAAAUUAACAAACAAAUGAACAAUCCUCUUGUGGAUUCCGAAUCCUAUUUCCUGCAUACAUGAGAGGUAAUGCACAGGUUCCUCUUUGAUGAUUACUGCUAUUAGUCAUUCAAAAAAUAAUGAAUUUUCCUUCAAGCAAACCAGAGAAUGAUCUAUGAAAAAGCAAAUGUCUCACUUUAAACUGAUACCUACUCGCUAGUCUAUCUUAAAUACGUCAUAUACUUCAGUGACAUUACACCAUGGG